CGUCUUACUUGAUUCCUGAACAUCGAGAGAAGGAUUUAUGUUAGACAGACAGAACAACAUUGGCUCCACCUAAAAUUGCUACGAGAUGCAGCUGAAGCUUGUAUCAGUCGUUUCCCUCGUGUUGCUCCACUUCCUCAGCGUCGGCCAUGGAGUCGGAGGUGACAGCCAGUUCAUCUACAACGGCUUCCACGGUGCUCAGCUUGACCUCGACGGGAUGGCCGUGAUCGAGUCGGACGGCAAGCUCGCGCUGACGAACGUCACCUCCCAGCUGAAAGGCAGCGCGUUCCACCCGGCGCCACUCCGCUUCACCGACGCGGCAACGAACGGCACCGCCGCACGCUCCUUCUCGGCAACCUUCGUGUUCGCAAUUGUCACCGACUAUAUCACGGUGGGCGGGAAUGGGCUUGCCUUUUUCGUCGCGCCCAACAAGAACCUGUCCGCAGCGUCGCCGAGCCAGUUCCUCGGCCUCUUCAACAAGCAGAACAACGGCAACGGGACCAACCACGUCUUCGCCGUCGAGCUCGACACCAUCCUCAACCCGGAGUUCGGGGACAUCAACAGCAACCACGUCGGCGUCGACGUCAACGGGCUGGCUUCCGUCGCUGCCGAGCCCGCCGGCUACUACUCCGAUGACGACGCCGGCGAUUUCAAGAAUCUGACCCUCAUCAGCGGCGACGCUAUGCAACUGUGGGUGGACUACGACGGCCGAUCAACGGUGGUCAGCGUGACGCUGGCGCCCCUCGGGAUGUCCAGGCCGAUAAAGCCCCUUAUCUCCGUCGUCAUCGAUCUCUCGCCGGUGCUGAGCGACACGGCGUAUGCUGGCCUCUCGUCGUCGACGGGGCCGUUUCAAACGCGCCAUUACGUGCUCGGCUGGAGCUUCGCGCUGGACGGGGCAGCGCCGCCGCUCGACUACGCAAACCUCCCCAUGCCGCCCCGCGUCGGUGACGACAAGGGCCGGUCAAAGGGGCGCGACGUCAUCCUUCCGGUGGUCGCUCCGAUCCUCGCGCUCGCGGUGGCCGCCGGUGUAUUUCUGCUCGUGUGGCGGCGAUUUCGGUACGCCGAGGUCAGGGAGGACUGGGAGUUGGAGUUCGGGCCUCACCGGUACGCGUACAAGGAUCUGUUCCGUGCCACCGGCGGCUUCGACAGCAAGCAUCUGCUUGGCGUCGGCGGGUUCGGGAGGGUGUACAAGGGCGUGCUCCCCAAGUCCAAGACGGAGAUCGCUGUGAAGGUCGUCGUGUCCCACGACAACGCGAAGCAGGGGAUGAAGCAGUUCGUCGCCGAGGUCGUCAGCAUCGGCCGCGUCAGGCACCGCAACAUCGUGCAUCUGCUCGGCUACUGUCGGCGCAAAGGGGAGCUCCUCCUGGUGUACGAGUACAUGCCUAACGGCAGCCUGGACAACUGGUUGUACGACCAGCACGCGCCGCCCCUGAGCUGGCCGCAGAGACUCCGCGCCAUUAGAGGCGUCGCGUCCGGCUUGCUCUACCUCCACGAGGAUUGGGAGCAGGUGGUGGUGCACCGAGACAUCAAGGCGAGCAAUGUGCUCCUCGACGGCGAGAUGAACGCGCGGCUGGGCGACUUCGGGCUGUCCAAGAUGUACGACCGGGGCUCCGACCCACAGACUACCCACGUGGUGGGCACCAUGGGGUACCUCGCGCCGGAGCUCGCAUGCACGCGGCGGGUCACGCCAGCCACCGACGUAUUCGCGUUCGGAUCGUUCGUGCUGGAGGUGGCCUGCGGCCGACGGCCCAUCGAGCACGUCGCCGCCGACGACAACCGGCUCAUCCUGGCGGACUGGGUACUCGAACGCUGGCACGCCGGGGACGUCGGGGCCACGGCGGACCCGCGGCUCUGCGGCGUCUACGACGCCGAGGAGGCAGCGGCGGUGCUUAGGCUGGGAUUGGUGUGCUCCCACCCGGCGCCCGCCGCGAGGCCGUCGAUGCGGCAGGUGGUGCAGUACCUCGACGGCGACGAACCGAUACCCGAGCCGGCGCCGACGUACCGCAGCUUCACUAUGCUGGCCAUGAUGCAGAACGCCGACGGCUUCGACUCGUACGCUGCGUCUUACCUAUUGUCAUCACCGACGAGCGUCGGCGUCUCCUCCGUCGUCUCCGGCAGGUGAUUGAUGAAGGCCACACACUUAUCAAUGGCAACCACCACCAAUGACUUUUCAAGAUCAUGGGAUUACGGAUUCGCAAAAAAAAGGAAAAAAAGAUCAUGCGAUUACUUUUUUUUAUGUUUGGGCUUGAGCCGAAUACUCUAAAAAUAGAUACUUUUAUCAAAAUACGGAUGUAUUUUAAUUA